AAAUAUAUUUCUAGUCAGAUUCUGCAUUCUAGGCUCCUAGCUUUUACCUCCACGUUGAUAUUCAAAACGGGUUUCUUAAAACCGUUCGGAGUUGAACCUCGUGUGAAAACCAGUUCUUUGUGUUGAUUAUCUAUCUGCCGUUGUUUUUCUAACCAAAAAAAGUUUCUCGUCUUAUCGCAAUACACGGUAUUCCUUUUAGAGAGAGAAAACAACUGUAAUAGUUUCAUUUUAUUUUCUUCUUCUUCAAUUUCUCACAAUUGCAGUAUAGCUUUCUUUAGAUUUUUAAUUGAUUCGACGGGAAAAUUCGAAGACUCGAUAAUUAGUCAAAUAUUGGUUUUGUAAAUUUUGCCAGAAUAACGAAUAAAUUUGCUUAGGAUAUAUUGUUGAUUUUCCGGUAUAGGUUUAGCGUUCUAUUAUAAUCUAGAAGAUAUUGAUUUCCGAUCAUCUGUUACAACCAUAUCUUAAGUUUUGUAUGUGACGUAAUCGAUUUGUUCGUCGAUUAUCAGAAUACCUAUCAACAAUUUUGGUCAAAACUGAUUAAAAAAAACCAGAGGUUUGACCAUUUUUUUAUAAUCAUUUUACCAUCCAACUUUGAUCGAAAUCCAGAUUUUGAUUUCUGGGUGUUUUCAAAGGCACAAGAAAGCCAAAUUCUGAUUUGUUUUAUUGACUGAAACUCGAUUUUCUCGAUCUGGGUUUGUCCGAAUUCAAUUCGGAGGCUCUAUUUUCAGUCAUGGCGAUGAAUUCUGGAAGUCUUGAUAAGUGGAGAGACUAUUUUCGCACUGCAAAUUCUGAUAUAUUCGCCAUAAUCGAGCACGCUAUUAUGGUGGCAGCUUCGGAUUGUCCAAAGGAGCUUAGAUUGAGAAGAGAUCAAAUUGCAGAGAUUUUAUUUUCAUGUAAAUUGGGUCGGUGUUAUGGGUGCGAUCGAAUUGAGUUGGCGGUGCCAGGAGAUGUUGUUGAUGAUGAUGAUGAAGAUGAAGGUUGUAAAAGUGGGUCUGAUACAGAUAGGUUUAAAUUUGAGGCUGGUGGUUGUAAGGAGAGCAAGGUGAAGAAUAGUCAUAGAGAUGAUCAUGUUGAUAUGAACAUGAAUCAUGUUAGCAAUUACAGCUUUGGAGAAGCUGAGGCAUUGACUGAUGAGAUUGAAGAAGAAGGUCAGAUUGUUGGGGAGGUCUUGAGGAUCAAAGAAAUUCUUCAUAACAGUCAAGAUGAGUCUGAUUCGGUAUUAUGCGAUUCACUGAGGCGGCUUCAACUAAUGGCCUUGUCUGUGGAUACUUUGAAGUCUACAGAGAUUGGAAAGGCUGUUAAUGGUCUUCGAAAGCAUGGGUUGAGGCAGAUUCGGGAUCUUGCACGGACGCUCAUUGACAUGUGGAAGGAUAUGGUUGAUGAGUGGGUCAAUGCUACAACAGCUAUUGCAGGUGCAGAGGGUACCCCAGAGUCUGUGAACCCAUCUGUUGUUGAUGAAGAAGAAGGGCUCCCUUCACCUCCACUGGAUGAAGGAUUUUUCCUGGCUGGUCCGACUACUACAAUGGAGCUCUCUCAGUUCUUCGACUGUAUGGAUGAUGAUGGAAAUCCUCGAAACGGUGGGGAAUUCAAGAAGAACCGUGAAAAUGGCAGAAAACCAUCGAUGGAGAGCCAAAAUGUUCCAAGGCGGAAGCAGCCGCUUCCCAAUGAAUCGAAGGUUCCUGCCAAGGACAACAAGGGUGAACAAGUGAAGAAACAAGAAGCUGUAAUGAGGAAACAAACAGCUAUUGUGAAACCACAUAAGCACUCAAACACUGAAUCUGGGCCGGGGAGACCAGCAAAACCGAAUGUUGUGCAGAAGGUCAAUAAUGAGACAAAAUUCCAGCAAAAAUCAGACAAAGUUGCAAUCCAGAAGAAGCCAUUGGCUGCUCAGCAAGAUAAAUUGCAGCGUUCGGAUGAAGAUGCUGUCAGGAUGAAACUUGAAGCAACAAAGAGGAGGCUUGGAGAGCGGUACCAGCAAGCUGAAAAUGCCAAGAGGCAACGGAUGAUACAGGUUAUGGAGUUGCAUGAUCUCCCUAAGCAGGGGCUUGGCCAUAAAAAUGCACACAUCCGACCUGGGAGGAACAAUUGGCAUGGGGCAAGUGGACGUCGCUAGCUUCUAUAAUUUUGUAGACUUGGUUCCAAUAACUUUGAAGUUUCUUCAACAUUAUGAAGUAAAUAUCCGGCUUGCUGUGGCUUAACCUGCCUGAGCAUCAACAAUGGCACUACUGAUAUUGGAAGGUUCACGCAUUUGAAAUUUCUGUCCAGAUUUAAGUACAGACUUCUUCACUGGAACUUGAGGCGGGUAUGACUUAUGCGGUAUUUAUUGUAGAAAACCCUAAUUUGCAUCCAUCCAUUUGAUAAACCCUGCAGAAACAUUAUUUUUCUCCUUUUUCAUAGUUACAUUGGAAGUCAUAAAGUUGCACAAAAUAAGUGCAUUUUCACCAGAUCACAUCACACACAUGUUGUAAAACUACUAAAUGUUCUUUUUUAAGGCAAUGAGUCGAUCGUUAGCUGACUGAAACCUAGCUGUUAUUAUGUUAUACUGUAAUAUUGUUGGGACAGAUUGUAGAGGAGAUGUUACUUUUUAUUGAACAAGUUUUGGAAGCAUAAAAAAUAGCACUUCAGUUGUUA